CCUGGCCUGUAACUACCCUGGGAUAGAAUGAGAAAGUACAUGGUGUUGGAUGAGCAGUGAGACCUGUGAUUCUGCCUCUCUGUUCCAGGCAGCUGAAUGCACAGGGAUUAAGAUUUUCCACUCAAACUCAUCAAUCUACUUUGCAAACAGUGACCUUUAUUUGAACGCCCUCAAAGAGAAGACAGGAGUAGACCCAGUACAUCUCCAGGCUAUACGGAAAGCCCGAAAAGAAAACUGAAGAAGGAGAGCGCAGAGAGGGAGAGCCAAAACCACAAGUCACCACAAAAAAUGAGUGCUGUCGUCAAACUGGAUUUGGAGCUGGGCGUCACUCACGAAGUGGUGGCAGGGGGCGGCUCCCAGAACCACUUGGAGGUGCAGGGGAAUGGGCAGGUGGCCGAGACCCACACAGAGUCAGACUCUGAGGAGACCCGUUUCCUAGAGCCCCUCUGUCCUGUCCACACCCUCAUUCUGGAACUGGACCCCCGUCAACUUCAUAGAUUCUGUGGGAGCCAAAGCAAUCAAGUUGGUGAUCAAGGAGUAUGCCGCUGUGGAUGUGUGUGUCUUCAUCGCUGGCUGCAGCAGAACUCUGCUGGCUGAAACUCCGCACCCCUGCAGUUUUUCACCGGGGUCGUGGCCCCAGAAAUGGUCUUCCCCACCGUCCAUGACGCCGUAUUGCACUGUCGGCGCCGGACUGCCCCGCCCACCAUCACUGCCAUCAAUGACAUUGUCUGACGGGGGACAUCAAGGGGGAGGGGACACAGGGCCACAUGCACCCAAGGCUGCUCUAAAGCCAUGUUCUCAUUAGCAGUUUGAAGUGACUCAAAUCCUUUAUUAUAUAUAGAUAUAUAAAUCAUUCAAAUCUGUUCCUUUUUUCCUGCAGUCUGAACAGGAAAUGGAUUAGGAUACUUCUAGCCACAUUUCAAACCACCUUCGUAGGUGGUUUGAAGUCAGGUACAAAUCUGAUUCCUGGCUAUCUGACGUGUUUGAACGGUAAAAUCUGAUUUAUUUGCCCUCAAGGUGUUUUUAGACUUAUUUGGCAUCUCUUGAUGCUUGCUAGCUACUCUGACAAGAACGUGGUAGCUAACUAGCUUGUUAAUUGUUUAAAAUUAUUUUGAACAUUCAAAGCAACUGGGAAACGUCCAUGGCAGGAGUCGUCACCUUAGCCUGCUACAUAACUUCUGAGUGCUAGGAAGCACAAACACCUACACCACUGCACACACACCUGUUGUUACUAUGAUAACUAGCAUAGCCAUGUCAGCAAAUGACUGAUGUCUGAACACAAACUAAUCUGAUUUGGUAACUUGAUGUUUGGACAGUCAGUAUUCCAAAAUGAAUUUAAAAAACUGAUUUGAGCAUUAAGGCCUGCAGUGUGAACAAGGCUUAGGUGACCCGGGGGAGUUCGGGCUGGAGACCUCCAACCAGCAGCACCGGAGACAGUCUGAACGCCCAUCUCCAAGUGCAACUUCUUGUUUUAAGCAGAGAUAAAUAUAUUUAAUAAAGAUGGGUUUUGUUUUAUUGCUAACAUUCCUACGGGCUGCAGCGUGCAGGACUCUUGGCGUUUUAUGCUAAGAGCAAGUCAUUUAUCAAUUUACUGCGUCUUUGAAAUGGUUUCAAGCACUUGUGUUCUUCACAGCAUUGUCUCAAAGUAGAAGAGAAAUAGCAACACUCAGGUUUUAGGUCACAUGUUGAGUGCCGAGGGUCUUUUCAGAGCAUCCCCAUUAGUGGUUACAUUUGAGAUCCAGGAGAGCAACACUGAAUAGGCCCACCACUGUAGCUCUGACAUGUUGAAUAGAUGGUACUUUUACCAUGUUUUUCUCAAAGAUUGGCCUCUUGUUACCCCUUUCCUGCUGAAUAUCUAAGAAAUGCAUCAUUAGUUUGUCAUUGUACAAUUAGUGUGCAAAUCUACAAUCUAAUCAGGUAGGCCACUUCACAGCUGUUACUCGUACUAUUCUUUUCAAAUAAUCUGCUGUUUUGUCAAGUGUCUUUCAAUCAGUGAUAUGCAGCUGAACACUGCGUUUGGUCCGAUUCAAGUCACUCAUCUAGUGCUGUAUGUUGUGUUGGUACAAAGCUAUGAAUUUGUACAUUUGAAGUUAUCAAUAUUUUUGUGGUAAUAUAUGGAUGGUUUAAAUGUACUGUACAUAUCUUACGGCUUGACUUUUACAUCAAUAAACAAUGCAGUUUUAUAGUA